AUGCCCGACCGCUCCAGGUCGGUCGAGGUUGGUCACAGAAUGAGCGGCUAUGUGGAUGAUCAACAACAGGACGAGCCGUCGUCUUCUGCGAUACCUAGUUAUAUGCGCGAACUGGCUGCGUCGCGUGUGAAUAGGCACUCUAGAGCGUCCAGUGUGGUGUCGACCGCAACAAAACUCUCAACCAACACCUUUGGGGAUGACGCUCGAAGUAUAGAUCUGAUGGUGGGUGGUCAAUACUUCCGCAUUGCUAGAGACGGAUCACGGAUCACCGAUACAGCUCCGCCUCCGUAUGAAGGCUACCUUGACGCCGAAAGUGGCAGUGUGCUCUCACCAACUUUCAGAGAGGUCUCCCCAAGCAUCAGCGAAUUUUCUGAUCAAACAGUCUCGACACCUCGCAGACUACACAAUGCGCGAUACUACAUUUCCUCCAACGACGACGAGGAUGAGACGGCGGAGGAAGGGACCAUGACCCCACGACAGCCAUCUCCAAUCCGAACACCCAGCACCACGCUCCGAGCGGACAUACUUGAUCCUGCUCAGCUCGAUAUGCCGUCGCCAGUGGAUACAGAUCAUUCAAGGCCAACCACGGCGCUGGCAGUCGAUGAUGGUGACGCGCCUGUCCGGAACCUGUCCUACAAGCAAGGGCCUGAGAUUCUUUCGGUAGCCCACGACCUGAGGAAGUUGCGUUCGACAGAGUCCCAAGUCGCGUCCUACGACAGCACGCAAGCCCUACGGAUGCCAUUGCCCCUACGCAGGAGGAAUGGAGUGCGCCUACCUUCACUGGACACUCAAUUGCAACAAUCUGCCGGGCCAGGACCCUCUAGAAACCCGGGCGGUGCUGUGUCCAAAGGCAAAAGCCAGUCUGCAGGACCUGUUCUUUACGAAUCACACGAAAACAACGACCCUGGUUCGCCCGAUUUCAUUGGCUCGGGUGCCGCAGGCAUUUUUCCACGGUUCCCGCGAACGCGGGAGCUGACAGUUGUCACACGGGCAGCGGAGAAUGCUGAGCAGGGCGAGAUGCACGAGAGUCCAAAGCCUCUACCGAUGGACAAUGAAAACGACAUAUCGCUUCACUAUGCUGGCAUGAUGAGGAGGCUGGACCAAGAUCAUCGCAGAGAAAUGCUCUUCAAAGAGCGAGAAGUGACCCACCUAAGACAACGGUUGGUUGAAAUGGAUACAGUAUACAGACAGGAGCUGCGGGCCAGAGACUUUAUCAUUGAUGACUUAAGAGUACGGUUACAAAGCGUGGAGGAACAGACCGAGACCCGCAUCGAGAAAGCGAGGAACUCGGUGGAGGAUCUGUGGGAGACUCGCUGGGCAGAUCAGGUGAUGCAUCUCCGGGAGCGGAUGAGGCGCAUUGAGGAGGAGUCCCAAAAGUCGAUCGAGAGACUCCUUGCUGAGCGAAGGCGCCCGUUGGAUGAGGCUGACCAGGAUGAAGACCACGUAUCCUGA